UCCUCAAGCUACUGUUCUUAUUUCUUCUUCUUCGGUGUCCUGCUGGUAACGCUUCAUAAUGGCGCAGGCAGCACAGAAGCUGAUCGCUAAAGUGCCCUCUUUAGUCGGUGCCGCUGUCACAUACUCCAAACCCCGACUAGCGACCUUCUGGCACUAUGCCCGGGUGGAGCUCGUCCCUCCAUCCCCUGCUGAGAUCCCCAAAGCCAUAGAGGCCGCAUCAGGCCUCAUCAAGAGCUUCCAGGCUGGGCGCAUGGGACAAACCACAGUAAAGGAUGCCUUAAGAAAUGGACUUGUGACCACUGAGGUGCUGAUGUGGUUCUACAUUGGCGAGUGCAUCGGCAAAGGAGGAAUUGUUGGAUACAACGUCUAAAUAUGGGACUGCUCUUUUUUUUCCUUUUGCACUUCUAAUCGCCACAUUCUCAACAACCUGCACCAAAUUUUCAAUAAAUAAACAGAUGUCUAUAAUUUGAGAA